CCAGUCCCAAUUGGCUCUCGAGUUAAAAGUCCCGUUGCUGAUUGGCUAUGUUCCCCGCCGGCAUUUUUUAAUCUCCGUCUGGCUGAUGUAGAGCCCGCAGCCGCGACUAGGGAAUUGGGGGAACCGCAGCUGCGGCGUCGGGUCCCGGGCGUGACCCGCUCGGUCUCCCGCUCCUCCGCCAGCGCUUGGCAGCCCCGCCGCGCCAGCAUCCUGCCCCUCGCAGGGAGCCCGGACCCGGGGCCGGCGCCCCGGCCAAGCGGGUGGAGCUGACGCGGCUGGACGCGGGCUGCUCGUGGCGGCGGGGCCCCUGGCAGGGCGGACGCCGGUCUCCGGCCGGGCUGAGCGCUGCGCUGUUUGCUUCGGGGAGGCGAUGCAGGGCGCGGAGCUGGACGCUCGGAUCCGCUGCAGUGUCACCAUCGAGCGCCUGAGCCCGGGCGGCCCGGCCUCGAGGCGCCGGCUGAUCCGCGACGCCGCCCUCGCCCUGGGCCGGGACGAGUUCCGGGAGCUGGCGCUGCAAGUGAGCGACGGCAGCGUGGCGCAGAGCUUCGCGCUGCGCGGGGAGGUGCGGCUCUUCACGCGCUUCGUGCGCGACGGGAAAAGCGGCCUGCAGCUGGGCGCCGCGCAAGUGCAGCUGCUGAUCGCCAACUGCGCCCCCGACCGCCUCAGGCGCUUCCUCCGGCUGCUGCGCAUCAAGCGCCAGGCGGCGGGGAAGGGGCCGAAGACCGUCACGGAGCGGGCGCGGCUGCUGUCCAGCCUUCCGCGCACCUUCGACACCGUCAGCCCAGUCCAGGCCCGGGACGUGCAGCAGGCCUGCGCUCAGCGGGCCCGCGCGAGCUGCGAGGCAACGCCUGUGAAAGGGCAGGCCCCGAGGGACCGAGGGAACAACGGUCUGCGCAGCAAGGCGCGGAAAAGAGCCAGGACAGAAUCGGCUGAAGCAAGCGCUGCGGCUGACGUGAAAUGCUCAAAGAAGCUAUCUUUGCUAAUGCACUCACGGAUGAGACUCUCGCAGGAACAGUCCAUUGUGCUGAGUGCAGUGCUGACUGGGAAGAACGUCUUCUUUACAGGCAGUGCUGGGACUGGGAAGUCAUAUCUGCUGAAAAAGAUUGUGGGUUCACUCCCCCCAAAGAGCACCUAUGCUACAGCCAGUACAGGAGUAGCAGCUUGUCAUAUUGGUGGCACCACGCUCCAUGCUUUUGCAGGUAUUGGUUCUGGGAAAGCUCCACUAGAUCAGUGUAUUGAGUUGGCUCAAAGAACUGGAGUGCAUCAACAUUGGUUGAGCUGCCAACACUUAAUUAUUGAUGAGAUUUCAAUGGUGGAGGGCAAGUUUUUUGAUAAGCUGGAGGCAGUAGCCAGAGCUGUCAGGAAACGGGAUGACCCAUUUGGAGGAAUACAGCUGAUCAUCUGUGGGGACUUCUUACAACUGCCACCAGUCAGCAAAGGCAAUGAGGAAACCAAGUUCUGCUUCCAGGCAAAGAGCUGGAGGAAAUGCAUCCACGUGAACAUGGAGCUGACAGAAGUCCGGAGACAGACUGAAAAGAGCUUCAUCUCACUCCUGCGUACAGUCCGCCUGGGCAGGUGCACAGAUGAGGUUACCAAGCAGCUGAUGCAAACCGCUACCAACAGGGUCGAGAGAGAUGGGAUCCUUGCAACUCGUCUCUGCACCCACAGGGAUGAUGUGGAACUAACAAAUGAGAGACGAUUGCAACAGCUACCAGGAGAAAUCCACUCCUAUGAGGCUGUGGAUAGUGAUCCCAUGCUAGUCAAAGCAAUUGAUGCCCAGUGUCCAGUAAGUCGCUGUAUUCGGUUGAAACCAGGAGCCCAGGUAAUUCUUACUAAGAACCUGGAUGUGUCCCGGGGUCUGGUGAAUGGGGCAAGAGGGGUUGUGGUUGAAUUCGAAGCUGACGGGAAGGGACUGCCCCAAGUGAGGUUUCUUUGUGGGGUCACAGAGUUAAUCAGGCUGGAGCGCUGGGUCUUCAAAGGUCCAUCUGGAAUUUAUCUGAGUCGUCAACAGUUGCCUCUAAAAUUGGCAUGGGCCAUAUCCAUCCACAAGAGCCAGGGUAUGUCAUUAGACUGUGUGGAGAUCUCCCUGUCUCGAGUCUUUGAAAGUGGUCAGGCUUAUGUAGCCCUUUCCCGAGCCCGUAGCCUUGAGGGCCUCCGGGUUCUGGAUUUUGAUCCCAACGUUGUGAGAGCCAAUCCACACGUGCUACAGUUCUACAGUCACUUACAGAAAGAACAACUUCUAUCUCAGGCUUCUCUACACAGAUACAUUGAAGCAGAAGAGAAGGAGAAUUGGAAAUCUAGCUGAGGAUCCACUGGGCUACAUCUGCAAGGCACAAGCACAGGCUGAUCUGGUUUCAGCAGCGCAGCUGUUGGGUACAUCUUAUACCACUGGUGAAAUUUUGCUUUGUUUCUGCUUCAUUGGCUCAAAGGCCACACCUGCCCACUGUGACAACACUAGCUGUUCAGGCACUUAACUUUUUGGGGAAAAUUCUUCCUCUGUUUACGUCCUGCUGGUUUAGGGUGGAGGAUAGCAUCAGACCCCAUCCUCUCUUCCUGACCUAUACAUACUUGUGUAAUGUUUGACUUCUCCUCCAGCUUGCCAAGGACAAAUGAGAUGUAGCUCUCCCCUUCCUCUGCUGAACUGGAGCCUACUAGCUGUGGCUUUCAUCACACAGAAAGGAUACUGAAGAGCAAUUGGAAUGCUGGUGCUGCAAGUAUGCUAUUUCCAGCUGGUGAAGUGCUAACAAUCAGGAUGUCACUCUGCAGGUGCACCCUGCCUUUAGAACCAUUUUAUGCUAUCCAUGUGUCACCUGUUGAUAUAGAGAGGGUUCACUAGUUUUACUGCUGGGUGAAGUUAUGUGAAGUCAUAACUGUCCUCUUAAUUUUGGUGGUACUUUAUGGCAAUAAAAGGAUGUAUCCACUGCAA